AUGUCUUUCGACGUCUCCUACGCUCCGUCGCUGAGCCCGACCGCGACGGCCAAGAGCAGCGACACCUUCGGACGCUCCCUUCUCUCGCCCUCCAUAUCCUCCUUCUCCUCGCCUGCCGCACAGCGCCAGACGUCCCACAUUUCUAAGACCUACCGUCAAGCCUCAACUCUAUUCCUGACGCGCCGCCUCCCCGAGGCCCUCAGCACCCUACUGCCGCUUAUCACGCCGGCCACUGAGGGCGAGCCCACGCCAGUCUCGGGUGCCUCGCGCACCACGAGGGUUAAGGUCUGGAGUUUAUAUCUCACCACCCUCAAUGCCAUUGUGGAGAUGGAGCCCGAGGAGGGCAAGUCCGCCUUUGGUUCACAGGAAUGGAGGGCAUUGUGCGCCAAGGUUCGCGACGGCACUGUGUGGGAGGAGAUUGUCAGGAAUGGAUACCACGGGUCUGAGGGCGACGUUGACUCGGAGGUUGUCAUUAAUCUAAACCGCCCGUCGAUACACAGAGCCACCCUCUUACUUGCCCAUGCCCAAAACCAAACCCUCAACCAGAAGAAGCUUGAGACAUACCUCGCCACAUGCACCGCGCCCAACUUGGAUUUCGGAAACAGGCUCAACGGGGGUCACUCCCCAGGGCCUCGCAUGAGUCGCUACGCCUCGCCAGCCAAGGGAACCAGCGGCACGGACACGCCCCGGGAUCUCAACGCCCGCGUCAAGAUCCUCGAGCUGUACACCCUGCACGUCCUGCUCCGCAACAACGAGUGGGACUACGCGCGCGAGUUCAUCAGCGUCAGCGCCGUCCUCGACGACGAGCGCCGCGAGGCCUUCCUCCAGGCGCUGGAGAGCCUCCAGGAAGAGCAGCAGGAAAAGGAACGCCAGGAGCGCGAGGAGCGCCAGCGCCAGGAGGAUCAACUGCGCAGAGACAUUGAGGAGGCUCGUCGUCUGCGGGAGGUGAGCGAGGCGCGAGAGAGACGCCACCUCGAGGAAGAAAAGGCCCGCAAGUCCGCGAGCGAGAUUGACUUCGGCGUCGAGUCGAGUCCCAGCCCCAGCCCCAGCCCGCGACGAGCAUCGAGACCGUCAUCCAGCUCAAUAUCUCGGCCUGCGGGCAGCAGAAGCGGUCCUGGCCAGACUCCCACCCUCACCGCGCGUGCCAGCGCCGUGUUUAGCCGCUUGAAGAUUGUCAUUGAGCAGAUUGCCCAGACGCUCAACAGCAACCCCGUCAUUGUCCUGAGACUCCUCGGCUUCAUCGUCAGCUUGCUCAUCAUGCUCGGCCACAAGGGCCUGAGACAGCGCCUGCAACGCAUGCUCGGUGCGUCGUGGGCCAAGGUCGCUGCCACAGCAGGCAUGGGAACCAAGGUCAGCUACAUCUAA